CUAAUUUCAUUUUACUUGGCGCUUCUAAGCUAAUCAAACCUAACUGUGUCUCAUCCAAAUUUUUAUAUCACACAAAAUGCAAAUUUUGAUUUCAAAGUCGUUGAGCCUGCUGCUGCUGCUGCUCUGCAUGUUGGCAACCGGAAUAGACUGCGCCAAAUAUCUAAAGGAGAAACCGGAUUUUUUAACGCCCUGCAAUUUGGCUGAUGCUAAUCUUAACAAAUGUCUGGCUGCCAAUGUACAAGGCAUAUUUGUGCAAUGGAAAGAUGGUCUGCCUGGCAAGAACUCAAUUGGUUCCUUUGAUCCAUUGCUGCUGAAACGUGUUAAGAUUGAACAGGACGCCAGCAGCACCAUAGCCAUCAAUGCGGAUAUGAAGGAUGUGCAUGUUACUGGCGCCAGCAAAUUGAUUAUCAAAGAUGCCAACUAUAAUGCCGACAAAUAUGUCAUCAAAGCAGUUGCUUUUGUGCCAAAGCUGCGUUUCGAGUUUGAUUACAAACUAAAGGGACAUGUGCUGGCAUUAAAUCUGGAUGGUCAGGGCAAGGGCUCCUUUGAAGCAGAUAAAAUGCUGAUGCUGCUGGAAAUGGGUGUGAAGCCACGCAAUACGCCUGAGGCUAAUUUUGCCGAUGUGCAGUAUUUCAAAGUAGGCUUCAAGGACAUUGGCAAUUUCCACAUACAACUGCAUAAUCUUAUUGCUGGCAAUCCUGAGCUUGAAAAGAGCGCACAUACGCUCAUCAAUGAAAACUGGCGACAAUUCUAUGAGGUGCUGAAGCCAGCUAUUGAGCAAACCAUCGAGGCAGUGCUGCUUGAUCGCAGCACAAAGAUUUUAAACUAUGUGCCGGCUACCUAUAUAAUCGAUAAUUUCCACUAAAUAUUUAACAUAUAAUAAAUGCAACUUGAUAAACGUCUCCAA